UUCAAGCCGAGCGGUUCGUUCCUAGAGCUCUCGUACGAUUUCGAAUUCCGAUCGGUGUGACCAUGAAGCAAACGAUCCUGGCGAGUUUGUUGCUAGCUUCGCUAGCGGUGAAUGUUGGCGCGCAGACUCCGGUUACGGUGGACGUUUACUAUGCCCACCUUUGCCCGGACAGUGUGCGUUUUGUGUCGGAUCAGCUGAUGACAUUGAACCAGAAUCUGCUCAACAGCGUCACGAUUGAUUUUAUCCCGUUCGGCAAAGCCCAUAGCGUCAACAAUGGCCAAAGUUUCGUCUGCCAGCAUGGUCCCGCCGAAUGCGAAGGUAACCGUAUUCAGUCGUGCAUUCUCAGCAUGCUUCCCACGCAGCAAGCUCGGAUCAACUACGUCGGGUGCCAAAUGAGCUUCACCGCCGAUCCACGUGGAUGGGAAUGUGCCUUUCGGUCGGGCGUGAAUCUUAACGCCGCCGAGUCCUGCGUCGAAGGUCCCCUCGGGACACAACUGCAGCUGGAAGCUGAACGGCGAACGAAUCUGAUCAGUCCUGCGUUUAUUCCCACCAUAGUGUUCAAUGGACAAUUUAAUCAGGGUUUGCAGGAUCGUGCCCAGUCCGAUUUCGCCGGAAUCUUGUGCGAACUAACCGGUCAAGGGGUGGGUUGCUAGAGGGAACCGGAAAUGAAGUGGCCAACCAUCCGCCCCGUGCAAAGACGAGUAGAAAUGACUAAGAUUCUACUAUCGCGACGCACUUUAACCUAUAGACAACCCUCCGAGAGCAGUCAAUAAAUUUAGCAAG